AUGGGGCGGAAUGAAAGAACGCAAAAGGGGCCCUUUGCUUCCGCACUUUCCCACUCCUUGCUCGACCUGAGCUUACGCCAGAUGUCGGUUGACAAGCUGCAGGAAACGCGGCCGCACAACCUUCCUUCUCUGUCAGAGUCGGAUCCCGGCCUACUAGGUAUGCGAGGCGAGCGAGGCGAGCCAAGGCAGGGCAAGGGCAAGGGCAAGACAAGACAAGUCACCACCGUAGUCGUGCCGCUGUCGAAAGCAGCCGGCAAAUCAAAUGUCUGCCAUUUGCCCGCCGUCGUUCCUCGCCUGCAUCUACUCUCUCCAAUCCUCUGCGACUACAAAGAAGCCCCUCCGCGGCAACAAAGAAGCAGCAGCUCACCAUCAGUCGGUCCAUGGAUUCCGGUCUCCUCUCGAUACCCUGAAGCGAGCCUUCGGAAUCUCCUCUGCUGCAGCGGUGUGGAACCCAACGAUCUGCGGAGUACGGUUGGCGGGCCAGAUUGGGCGACGAGAAAUCCGGCGAUACGGCUGGCAUCCGAGCAUGAUGGAGAGGGCGUGUGCGAGGGCGUUUCACGGCGAGGAGAGGAGAAGAACAGCAACUACGGAGUACACAAGAAGAAGAUGAAGAGGGAGGGAGGGAGGUAG